CUCAGCACAUUCCAGUCUAUACACUUGUCUUGUAAACAGCUCGUACGCUUUCACCAGUACAUAAACCAAAAGUACAAGAAAAUUUCGUGUUUAAUCAGUUUUGGAAAUCUGUUCUCAACCACUUCUCUAGCCGAAUACAAACUCUAACCUCCCGAAGAUGUGUUGCCAAGGAGCCUGUGGAUCGGUAUCCUAUGCCCUGGCCUAUGGCCCCGUCGGACCCGCUCUGCCAGCCAUGAACUACAACAACUGCUGCUGUGGACCCAAUCCUCCCUGUGGUCCCUGGACAUGUCCUCCUAACAGGUGCUGUUGCGCCGGCGAAUGGGGUUGCUUUGGGCCUUUUUACUGAGAAUCUCUGGGAAUCUGAGCAUAAGGUCCGGAAGGACCUCAGCAAACAGACGUGCAAUUUUCUUGUGCUUUUGGUUUGAACCGCGUUUGCUCUUACACAAUGGUUCGAGCUUUUCACUAAAUUAAUGUAUUUCAAAGA